AUGUAUGCUGCUAGUCCUGUUAACAGCGUACUUCCUCAAAACAUACAACGGCCAAGUGUAGCAACUAGUUUCUUGUAUAAAUUAACAGAAAUAGCAGCUUACACUUCGGCUGUUGCUAGUGAAGCUUAUUAUACUUUGACAUCUAGCAAUGGAAAACUUGAGUUAGAGAUCCCUAUACCGACAAAUAAAACUUAUGGAUCACAAGAACAGAAUACUGACGGAAAUGCGAUGCAAAUUAGUAACGAUAAUUCCGAGUUUAUUAACACACACAAUGUUGAGUCAAACGACAAUGACGCAGUCCAGAAAAAUAAUAAUAACUCAGUCCAGAAAAAUAACAAUAACUCAGUCCAAAAAAACGACAAUAAUGUGACAACCAGUCGAGAAAUAAAUUUUGGUGUUGAUAAAAAAGAUCAAUGUUCGUGGACAACAAACGAUAACGAAGAAGAACCACCGCCACCAUAUGAUAUUUCUUGGUCAAUGCCAACUCAUAACAACGAAGCGGAUCAAACUUUAUCAAUCUCCACUCAUAAUUUAUCAGAUGCGCCUACUCUGUCCUCAUCGCCGAAGAAUAUACAGUCUGAGACUCCACAAACUGUUUCUCCGAUUGAUAUCUCUUCUACAUCGUCAUCUACUCCUGCUAAACGCAAGCAAAUCCGUGUACGUCGUCCUCGACGAUUACCUCGUCGCAAGUCUUCUUCAACUGACAUUUUGGUUCAACCUAAAGAAUCUAAAGAACUUGAUGAUCAAGACGCGUUUAUAUCAAAAAUAAAUGAGAAACUUAUUGAUAUGAUCGCUCGAGGUAAAGCUGCCUUAAAAAGCACUGUCUAUGUUACUGAUGCAGAUGUGAUGCUUGCUGAAGAAAAAGAACGUGAAGAUCGCAUAAUGAAAGAACUUGGCCUUCAAACUCCGAUGAAUCGACGGGGUAGGAGGUUAACUUGCUCUUUUUCUGAUUACGAUUAUUUCGGUGGUUCAAUAUCGGAUUUCAGUAAUUAUUCUGCUCCUGAGUCUUCAUCAUACUGUAAUUAUGGUUACGGUUCAAGUAAUAGCUAUUCAACUCCGAUGAAUCGACGGGGUGGGAGGUUAACUUGCUCUUUUUCUGAUUACGAUUAUUUCGGCGGUUCAAUAUCGGAUUUCAGUAAUUAUUCGGCUUCUGUGUCUUCACCAUACUGUGAUUAUGUACCUGCUUCACCCAAUGCUGGUCUAUAUGGGGUUUAUGUUCCCAAUGUUGGUGGCUACAUACAAAAUACGAAUUUAGAUCAAACGCAAGUCAUUUUGGCCAAAAUGGUUCAAAUAUGGUCAAAAUGUGGGUGGUUAUACUCUGUUGGAUCCCCAUGUCAAAUUCUAAUAAUUAUGGUUUCAAUCUAA